UUGUUGGCUCAGUCGCUGUAUGCACAUCAGGCGCGUCGGUUGUUAAUUUGUUUUCGUGUGCCAUUGUGGACUCAAUAUUUCAACGAAAGACGUGAACAGGAGCAAUAGUUAUUACUGUUACUUAUACAAGCAAAGCGUACAAAAGCGUUCCAAGUGUAUGAUAAGAUUUAGGCAACACAAGCACAAAUGCGAUAUAAAACAAAUAAAUGAAUAAAUUCUUCAAAUUUUGUGGCUGCUAGUGUCUCGUCUACGUCUACAAACGUCUGGUGUGCGUACACUUGGGCUAUUUUCGUUCGCUUAAAAUACUUGCCAACGAACGAGUAGUUUGUGCGAUUAUUUAAAUUUUUUGUGUGAAGAGUAUUUUUUUUCUGCGUAGACGACACGAACAGCAACUCAGCAACAAAAAGUUUAGAUAAAAAUAUGAGUGGCAUGAAAUAAAUAUAAAAAAUUCUUUUGUGAGCUGUUUUUUUUUGGGAGUAUGUGUAUUUACAUAAUAACGACGCGGCCAGACAUACAAGGCGGAAAACAACACGAUUAAGAUGCAGAAAAAAAUUAAAAGAUAAUUACAUGUAAAGGCACUAACAAUUAUGCUAAAAAAAGGAAAAUUGUAAAAACUGUAAUGAACUAAAAAAAAUAAGUAAAACAAAGUAGUUGAGUUAAAAAAUGAGGCAAAAUUAUCCAAAAUAAAUUUAUUUGGAUGUAUAGUAAAACACUCUGCGUUCCUGUUAAUCAAUCAUUCCUAAGCUACAAUAACAACAAAAUAAAAUAAGCCAACAACCAGAUACACAUACACACUUAUGUACACAUAUGCACCCAUACGUAUAUUUGUAUAAACGCUAACGCGACAAACUAGAAAAGCAACAAGUCUAUUUAAAAAAAAAGCUUCUAAAAAUAAAUGGGGACAAAAAAAUUAAAAAAAAAUUUACAGCAUUUUGGAGACACAUAAAAUUAUUACUAAUGAGCAAAUGAAAUAAAUGUUUCUCUAGAAAUAUUAAACCAAUAAAAUAUUUAUAGUUCGCAUAGCAGCCACAACAUCAUUCAGCGCAUACCAAAGCAAACAGCGUCCCAACAAUAACAACAACAAUGCAACAAUGCCCUGUAACAUUAAAAAGAAUUAGUUUUCAAGGCAAAUAGUUAAACAAAAGAAUAACUAAAACCAAUAUUAAAGUCUAAAUGCUUACUAGACUAAAUAAAUACACCUAAUUAAAAUUUAUUUAACAAAAAAUGGUGAACAAUAAAAAAUAAAGCUGUUAAGUCUUGGCAGGAAGUGAGCAUUGCAGUUGAGCAAGCACGCGUUAAGUGGAAAAUUUCAAAAGUAUUUUUUUUGUUACAUACAUACAUAUACAUAUGUAACAAGUUUAAGUAUUACGUGUCAAGCAUUGCUCUAAAAGUUAUUAGAAUUAUCAGUAUAAAAUUAAAACAAGCAGUAGCAGCCAGCAAAAAUAAUCAACAAGCAGUCGUAUAUUAUUGAUUGCAGUUGGCAUUUCAUUGAGCGUCGCAUGCAUCAGCGUUUUGAUUGUUGCCAUAAAUUGUUAUCGUGUCACGGCGCUGAAACGUCGUGCCACUGUCGCUCUGACAUUACCAAUUCCACUGUUGCCCGAAGAUCAGACACUUCUGCACACUGAGCCGGACAAUCCUGUACCCAUGCUAUCGGUACAGACUGCCGGCUACGCGGGAAUGGAGCGGCUCGGCGUUCCGACCCGCACAACACUUAACUCACCACCUGACGAUAGAGGGCAAUACAGCUGUAGAAUGCGAGUGGAAACGCUGCCGGCGCGAGAGAUUUUAGUACGUAGCGAAACUGUGAUCCGUAGCAACAACACUAGCAGUAGCUGUACGAGCAGUUGUAUGGCCACUGCCAACGGUGGCGACAGCAACACUCAUCAACUGCAACAACAACAACAACAACUACAUCAAGAACAUCACAAUCAACAUUCCCACCAUCAACAGCAACAGCAUCAUCACCAUUACCAGCAGCAGCAACAACAACGUCACCACCAUAACCAGCAACAACAACAUUACCAGCGCAUGCCAGCGCAACAACGAGAACAGCAGCAGCAGAAGUUAGUGGGCGGCAGUGGGAAUAAUGCACCCAGUAGCAACAUGCCAGCACGUAGCAAUACAAGUAUUAGCAAUAGCAAUAGCAGCAGCAAUUUCAUGCGCGGUGGCAUUGAGGCGGCCACGCUCAAAUACGGCAGCAUGGGCAGCGGGAGUGGUAGCAUUGGCGGCUAUGACAGCAGCAAAACGGGCAGUUCCUGCGGCAGCAAUAGCUCCUGCAACAGUCACAGCAUCGAUCACCAUCAGCAUUAUCAGCAAGCGAAGCAGCUGAACCAGCAAGUGACGCCGCGAUGCCCACAUCAUGUACCGUUACCGGACAGCGAAUGGGGUCAGGAUCGCAGUAUGCAAAUACGCGCAAGCUAUCAGCAAUCGGAAUUAACGCGUUCCUAUAUCAAGCCACCACCGAAUAAAACGAUAAAGGACGUUCCGGAACAAUCAUCGUAUAAUUUUAGUGCGCUUUCGGCGCUCAGCGGAUCCAAUAUGACCCUGUAUGCGGUGGCAGGUAGUUCUACAGCCGCGUCGCAGCCACUACAACAACAGCCACAAAAAUCAAAGCCAAACGUGAUCACAAAGCUUUUCUCGCGCAAAAGUUCACCCAAAUCGCCUACAGCAUUAUCAUCGUCAUCCUCUUCCACGUCAGCUUGCUCUUCGCUGGCCUCGUCCGCGUCGAUAUCGUCCAUGCCCGCAUCAGCAUCGUCCUCAGCGUCGUCGAUAGCAUCUGCAACUGGUGGAACUAACGCCACAUCCGCUGCAGCUACAGCCAUAUCGCCUUCCGCAUCCAUAUCCUCAUCAGCUUCGUCACUGUCAUCGGCCCCCAUACCAUCCAUACCAAUAUCGACAGCAGCAACGCUGAAAACGACCGCUUGCAGUUAUGGCGCCAGUUCAUCACAAUCGUCCACGCCACCGUCAAUAACUGCAGGUCUGGCACCCAGUACGCAACUACUGACUACUAUCGGCGUCUCGCCAACAGCUACACCCGCAACAAUUGAGCGUAUACCAACACCCCCACUCUCGGUGACGGUGCCCAUUGGUGGCUACCACCACCAUCACUAUCAUCAUCACCACCAGCAUCAGCAGCGUUUAUACCAGCAACAACAGCAACAAAUGCUAUUAGACAGCAUUGUUGCCGAAAGUGCCACGCCUACCACAUCAUUGCAAUCGCUCAAGAGUAGCAGCUGUAAUUUGGCGACUACUGGCGCUGCCGAGCGAAAUAGUAGCCGUAAUAGCUUGGUGGCAAUGGAUUGCUAUCCACCGACUGCAGCGGCAACACGUUCGCGUACGCCAAAUACGCCCAUUGAUGGCAAUAGUUGCAAUUGUAACAGCAAAGACUGCAAAUCUUGCACGCCAACUACAACAACAUAGCGGCAGCGAUUAGCAAGCUUGACAGACGAAGGCAUCGAAAUUGCGGAGAUUGCAUAGGCAAAAGAAAAGUCGCAGAAGAGUUGGAAGAAUGAAGACGACGAAAAAAGACAAGGGUACAGCGCAGCGUGAAUAAGUUGUGCAUAAACUAGCAACAAAUUCCUGUAUGCGUAAGGGCGAUGGAGGAAAAUUGGAAGAAUAAGUAUGUCUAUGUGUAUAUACACAUACAUAUACAUAUGAUGCAAUAUGUUGCACAACAGUUUUGAUUAUUUAUGUUGACUAUCGAACUACUUUGUACGCUGGUUUCAUAGAACUAUGUAUUCACAUCAUUUCCAAACGCAGCAGUAGAGGCAAACAGCAUAAAAAGUAAAACGAAAUUAAAACACACAAAUUUUAAGUUCACUGUAUGUAAGUAGUUCGUAUGUGUACUAUAUCAUAACGCGCAGUGGUUGCCGCCGAGUGUGCUCUGCCAGCCGAGGUUUUAAAAAUAAAUUAUUUUCUAUGAUUGUAUUAAGCUUAGAUUAUUCAUAUUUAUGCACGGCCUAAACAAUUUUAAUACAAAUUUUUAUACUUUGUAAAUUAAUUUACUAACUAUUACAUUUUUUUUUUUUUGUUUAUUGUAUUUGUAACUAUUCCAAAUUUAUUUUAGUCAAUUAUCAGCAAAUUUUGUUCGAAGCCAAAAGGCAAAACGUGAAGGAAACUGAGUGUAUUGUGUUCAUGCUCUUAUCUAAUAUGUAUACACGUACAUAUGUAUAUGUACAUAAAUGCCUCUAUUAGCAAAUUAUAUUAAAAUAAUUAUCGAACUCAACACGCUGGCAAAAUUAAGGCACACAAGUAUUCGCACUGCGCGCCCAUUCUCAUUAUGUUGUUAGAUGCUGCUGUUGCGUUUUUAAACGAGUUUAAUUUCUAAAGGUUAUUAUCGGAUAAAAUAUUUUUAUAUUUAAGUAAAACAAAUACAUGUAAAUAAACAUAAAUGUUAGCAUAGUUAAUGUUAGCGUUAUGGAUACUGUAUGUAUGUAUUGUAAGUGAAAAGCAAAGAUUAUUUAAAAAAUGGAUUUUAAUUAGCAUAAAAUAGAGCGAAAGUAGAAGUAAAUGGAUAAUUAAAUCAAACACAUAUGCAUAUAUGCUGUAUGCUAUUAUAAUUUUUAUUUCAUCAAGCAGAUAGCAAAAAUAAAUUCUCAAAAAGUUUAAACAUUA